AUGUGGCUUCUACGAUACUUUCAAAUUGCAACUGCUGAAACCAUCACUGAAUCUACAGCGGAUCAGGGAUCGGUUGCGGAUAUAGAGGCAGAAGACUCUUCGGCAGAUGUUGUCGAUACCCCAGAUGCACCAACCCCAGACACAGAAGAAGAAGAAAGGCGUAAAGCUGAGGAAGAAGAAGAGAGGAAGCGACAACGAUUAGUUGAGCUUGAAUCGUUGAUGCAGUCGCUAUCGAUUAAUCCACAGGAAGUUGAUAGUGAAAAUUUGAUAUAUGGAAGGGCAUUUCUCUACUGUGUCAGGGAUAUCGAGAAGGAGUUCAAGCGUUGUCCUUGUCCUUUGAGCCACGACAAAAUAGUGAAGCUAGGAAUUGACUUAAAUUCUAUGCCGAAAGGAAGUGAUAAUAAAAAGCAGCAUAGUUUCAUUCCACCAUGGAUGAAUCAAUCUCGACAGUCAAACAAACCAUCGAAUCGGCCGUAUGGUGGACGAUUUUCGCACAAUGAUCAUCGCGGAGGCAAAGGAGGUGGCAACAAGAAAUUCCCACCUUCGGCUAGACCGUCCAUUGAGCGUAAUAUUGAACGAGGUGUACCUCUACACAAAGCUGAAAAUGCGUGGAAACCAGAGAAGAUCCGUCCCGAAGAUCUUGAGAAGGAGGAAGCGCGAAUUAAGCUUCUUUUGAAAAAUGUCCGAUCCUUGAUGAACAAAAUCACUCCUACGACUAAGGACGACCUCAUCAAGGAAUUCCUCAACUACAAUGUAUCCUCCACUCAAGAGCAAUUAGCUUCGGUGAGUGACCCACUCGACAGUUUCUUUUUUGCGCAAGCAAUUGGGUUUGAUUUCCUCUCCCUGUGGUCCCCUUCUCCCGAUGUGUUGUUCUAA